AUGAUCACGGACGAGCAGCUCGCCAUCUUUGCCAACAUGCUGGGCAGAAGGCUCUUCUUGCUCGUGGUUCUCUAUCACUACGUGGGCUUCAACAAUCCCAAGAAACAGAAAUGA